UUUUUCAUCAUUUGAACCUACACCUGAAUCACUUGAUCGAGUAUUUGAUGUUUUAAUUGCAGCUGAUAAACGACGUGAAGAACAUGAAUUUUGGAGAGAAAAAUUUGAUCAUCGUACAAGUAAUUCACGUUCAUCAAUAUCAAAUACAAGAACACAUGAUAUGACAAUAAAUUCAAAUACAGUACCAUUUCUUCGUACAAAACAACAAACACAAUUAAAUAUAAAUUCAAAUUUAAACAAUAUUGAUAAUCGUACACAAUCUUAUAUAAAUAAACGUAAUUCAUCAUAUGAUUCUAAUAAUCGACAGAGUGGUUGUUUAUUAGAAGAUUGUCUUCGACGACGAACUUUAAUUAUUCAACAACAACAACAACAACAAAAAUUACAACAAUUACAAUCACAACGAAAUUAUUCACCAAAUACAAUUUAUUCUACUAAUUAUCCUAAACAACAAUUACUUCCAACUAGUAAACCACCACUUCCUACAAAAACAACAGCAGCUACUACUACUACUAAUCAACAACCAGUACGAAUUUUUCCAUUAUCAAAUGGUCGUAUAGGUCGAGCUCCACAAGCUCGACAAACAUCAGAUGAACUUUCGUCUAUAUCAGAUGUAUGGGCAACACGUUCAUCUUUCGAAGAUGAAUCUCAUCAUACGAAAAAACCAAUAAAUUAUACUCGUUUUCAAUCAGCUGUUAAUCGUAAUCGAACAUAUGGUCAAAAAACUCUUAAUAAUAAUAAUAAUAAUAAUAAACGUGCAUCAAGUGUUGAACAACAAAAAUCAAAUAGAACACAAAAUAAAAAUUUAACAGCUAAAAGCAAAUUUUUUGAUUUAUUUAAAUUUACGCGUUAG